UGACAAACGAAAAGUCUGAAAACGUGGGGACCUUGGAGGCAACAAAAAGUCUCCGUCGUCCAAAACGUUUUUGGCCUUUUAGGUUUUAGCUUUUAGGAAUUCGGAUAAAUUCAUCGAAAAUCUGUAGGAAAAAUAAAAAUGGAAGAGGAUACCAAAAAUCAAAAAAGAAUCGCCCACUAAGGCCCGAAUGCAGCCCGGUCCACAAUCAUUAUCAUCAUUAGAGAGUCCUCCUUAUUUUACUUUUCCUUUGUAUCAUCGGAAUUUAUUUGUAUUCGUUUUGGUUUCCAUUUCUCGUUAAGGAGGAGGAUCCAUGGAUUUAAAUUAAGGAUUAAAUUCAACAGAGAUGAUGAGCACCUUUCACCACCAUCUCUGUUAUUUUUAGCUGCUAAUUAAGUUCUCACAGUAGGUAUUAGUAGUACUAUUUAUUAGUUACAAAUAUAUAACCCUCCAGGCUCCACCCCCAACACAAGGAUAGCCGCCGGCCAUGGAGGAGGAGAAGAAGAACUACUUUGUUGGAGGUGGAGAUGCGGGAGAUUUGUACGGUGGAUUCAUGAUGGUGGUUCCUAACAUCAUUGACCCACUUGGUCUUCUUCUUCGCCACCACCAUCCGGAUGCUUCUCCGCCGCCGCACAAUCCUCCUCAUUUGAUUCUCAACUCUGGUUUCCGGCGGCACCACCGCCCCUCCAUGCCUGCGUUUCAGUUUCCUCCUCCUCCUAAGCUGGACGCCCUCAUCCUCGCCCCAAUCCACCCCUCUAAACCUCUUAUGCUGCUCCAGGAAUUUCUCAGGACAAGAGAAGUUGGGGAGUUCAUCAGCGGCGCACUGGCAGGUGCGAUGACCAAAGCCGUUCUUGCUCCUCUUGAAACCAUCAGGACUAGGAUGGUGGUUGGAGUAGGGCCCAAAAACAUAUGUGGCAGUUUUGUCGAGGUAAUUGAGAAACAGGGUUGGCAAGGUCUGUGGGCUGGGAACAUGAUCAACAUGGUUCGUAUUAUCCCCACCCAGGCAAUCGAGCUUGGCACUUUCGAGUUUGUCAAGCGAGCCAUGACUUCUGCCCAAGAGAAAUGGCUUCAGGAGGACUGCCAAAAGUUUCAGCUAGGUAAUCUUAGUUUGAACCUUACUCUCUCUUGGCUCUCACCAGUUGCAGUAGCCGGUGCAGCUGCUGGAGUAGCCAGCACUUUGGCCUGUCAUCCACUUGAGGUCUUAAAGGACCGAUUGACCAUAAGUCCUGAAGUCUAUCCUAGUAUAAGCGUUGCUGUUCGUAAGAUGUACAAGGAUGGUGGGGUUGGUGCUUUAUAUGCGGGUAUAUUCCCUACAUUGGUUGGCAUGCUGCCUUACAGUACUUGUUACUAUUUCAUGUAUGACACCAUGAAGAAGUCAUACUGCUUAGCGAAGAACAAAGGAUCUUUGAAUCGCACAGAAAUGCUAUUGAUUGGAGCACUUUCAGGUGAGAUACAGUAUUUGUUGCUGGUUCAAAAAUUGUGGCAGUUCUGUCUAGUCCUUUUUUAAGUAUAGAAAGUGCUGUAUUCAUGAAACUACCGAUAGAGAUAGAAGUGUUUCGUGAAAAGAAAAGCUUAAGAUAAAGUUUAUCAUAUUGCCUUAAAUGAAGACCAGCUGUUCCCCCCCCUCCUCCUCCUCUCCCUCUUUUUUCUGGUUGUAGCUGAGGAACGAUGAGAUCCAAUCCUCCAACCACUAGGGUGAGUCCCAAAUCCCUUCACCUCUGUGCCUAUGCCAUAUUGAGGCCUAAAACGUUCUUAUGUUUGUGCCCUCUGCAGAAGGUUUCUACCAGAGAGUUUCUGGUUCAUAUUGUGUUAUUACUAGGACGUCACAUUUGUGCUUUGUGCAUUAUAUGUUAAAAUAUCCCUUUGGGUUUUAUACAAAAAGGGCAUCCAAGGCAUGGGGUAGCCUUAAAAUCGAUCAUUUCAGUCUUUUUUUUUUUAGGGUGGCCUUUUUGGGAAGGUGUUGAAGUGGUCGGUUUGUAGACAAAGGGCAUCCAAAACUUGGAGAUUAUUAGGAAUCAGGCGGCCAUAAAAUCAAUACCGUGAUUCUUAUCUUUUAGGAUGGGGUGUUUGGGGGGUGUUGAAGAGGUGGAUUUGGUUAGAUUUUCUUGGUGAAAGCUAACUAUUUUUGUUUCUUUAUAUCUCAACUGGAUCAGGUUUGACAGCGAGCACUAUUAGUUACCCACUUGAAGUGGCAAGGAAACGGCUAAUGGUUGGGGCAUUACAGGGAAAAUGUCCACCGCACAUGGCGGCUGCACUUUCCGAAGUUAUUAGAGAUGAAGGUAUUAUUGGACUCUACAGAGGUUGGGGUGCAAGUUGUUUGAAAGUCAUGCCAUCCUCUGGGAUCACCUGGAUGUUUUAUGAAGCCUGGAAGGACAUCUUGCUUGGUAGUAGUGCUCAAAGAAGAUCAUGAGUUCCGGUUGAGGAAUUUUUUUUCCGGGGGGGACUAAAACUGAACUGCAAUUCUAACUGAUCUUAAUGGGAAAGGUUCCAGAAUGGACAAUAAAAAUUUCUGAUCUGGCUGAGGCUGUUAAUCAUGAAGUAGAGUUUGGGGGAGCAAACUGCUGUUUCGAAGUGUGGCUUGUGAUUCUCUUCCCAGAAUGACAAAGACUGAAAGAAGAGGCGCGUUUUCAGACCAUGUUGGCAAUUUUUCUUUAACAUAUUUACCUUUCCCAGCAAACCAUUGAAUUGAUAAGGUUUUCCUCACCCCCCUUUCUGACUUAGGCGCGAUAGUUUUGACACCAACUAUUUAUUUCUUCUUAUCGAGAAAGCUAGCAAGCAAAUUAGUAGUAACCUUUUCAUAAACUUACACCUAUUUUCUGAAAGGUUUUACGGCUAUGUGUUUGCCAUCAAGCCCAAAAAUUUAUCAGUAAACUGUAUUUGGGUUUAAAAGCACUGCACUGAAUAAAUUAGUAGAAAAGUUGAAUAAACAUUAAAAGUCUAUUUACUGAAACGUUUUACAUCUAAGCAAUUUAAAUUAGUAGAAAAACUGAGGACGUCUAGAAAGCGCUGCACUGAAUAAACUACCAGAAACAAACGUGCUGACUUGUGAUUUUCAGGCACGACUGAACUUGGCCAAAACCAAAAUAAACAUCUUACCUAGCAAAAGCAGCAAAACAACCACCAAAAAGGGGUAAACGUUUGUCUGCACAAUACCAUGAACAUCCUUCUCCAAUCAUGUCGCCAGAUGUUGGAAAACCAACAACACAGAGAAAUUAGCACAUCUCUUUGUGAGUUCUUUCAUGGAUAUACAACGUCAUCUCAUGUGGCUAAGAAUGAGUUGGACUAAAGAGGAGUUCACUUUACAUGCAUCACAGUGAAGUAACAGACGCAUGAGAAGGGGUAAAUACUUAAAAGAACAAACAAUGUUGCGAUAGAUCUUCAUCCUAACGAGGCAACAAGGAGGGAUGAGAGGUCUAAACCAAAAUAAGAGGGAGAUGUAUAAGUAAUGCUAACUAUUCCGGAACCAAACUCGAGGAAUCUUUUCGCCAAGGGAACCACGAGCUCAAUAGCUGGGAAUUCUCAGCAAGAGA